UUAUAUACAACCCAGAGCCGUGGUUAUCAACAAGCCGCCAAGGGCAACCUCAGACUUCAGCUGCUAAAACGCCCUUUACAUUACCCGCUGCGCAUUACCGUGGAACACGCUUGUGCGGAGUGCUUGGAUAAAAAAGUGCGCACUACAAAUAUUAGUAAAUAGAAGACAGCUUCCGUGAUCUCCGUCUAAUCUCUUGUGAUUUUGGCAGAACAGAACAGAACAGAAGAGUUACCAUGGAGUUGCCGGAUAUCCCUUUCCCUAUCAGCUCUCCAGAUGACUUCUACGACGAUCCUUGCUUCAACACCAGCGACAUGCAGUUCUUUGAGGACCUGGACCCGAGGCUCGUUCAUCUGGGUCUCCUCAAGCCUGACGAACACCAUCACAAAGAGGACGAGCACAUCCGGGCACCGAGCGGGCACCACCAGGCCGGCAGGUGCCUCCUGUGGGCCUGCAAAGCCUGUAAGAGGAAGACCACCAAUGCUGAUCGCAGGAAAGCGGCUACCAUGCGGGAAAGAAGGCGACUGAGUAAGGUGAACGACGCCUUCGAGACACUGAAGAGAUGUACGUCCACUAACCCCAACCAGAGGCUGCCCAAAGUGGAUAUCCUGCGGAAUGCCAUCAGCUAUAUUGAAUCUCUCCAAGGCCUGCUUCGUGGGGCCGGACAGGAGGACAACUAUUACCCGGUGAUGGAUCACUAUAGCGGGGACUCGGAUGCAUCCAGUCCCCGCUCCAACUGCUCAGACGGAAUGGUAAGAAACUGAACUGUCAAGAAUUACGCAAGAAUUACGCACGAGUAAUUAAUUACUCAUGAAUAUUUUGAUCAAAAUAUGCGUUUGAAUGUAAUGUUUUGGUUGACACUUAACUGUUUUCAGUUUACUUAUCGGUGUCAUUGCUCUCUUAUAGAUGGAUUUUAAUGGCCCACCUUGUCCACCAAGACAGAGAAACAAGUAUGAUAGCACCUACUUCAACGAAAUACCAAAUGGUAAGUGUUAUUUCCAAGUAAUCAACACUCAUAAACAGCUUGACAGCUACUGAUUAGGAUGAACAAUUUGUCAUUAUUCCGGAGUCUAAAAUGGAAAACAACUACACGGUAAAUUUGGAGUAUAUUUGGCCAAGUAAAUAAAACCAUUAAAUUAUUAAUAAACUACAUUUUCGUUUUGCUAUGAUGUGGUCACUUUAUAUGACUUAAUUCGAUUAGAUUUUAUUGUCAUAAUGUUCAAACUAAUAGUAAAACCCGACGCUUGUAAUAAAAACCUCAUAUUAAUUCUCAUAUUUUAUUUCCAGAUUCCAGAAACAAGAAAAACUCUGUUAUUUCCAGUUUGGACUGCCUGUCAAGCAUCGUGGAGCGCAUCACCACGGAUACCUCUGCCUGUCCCGCUGUUCAGGACGGUUCCGAGGGUAGCAGCCCCUGUUCUCCCGGGGAUGGUUCCACAGCGAGUGAGACCGGAGCUCGCAUCCCGUCCCCGAUCAACUGCGUCCCCGCCUUGCGUGACCCAAACACCGUCUACCGGGUGUUGUGAAGUCGGGUCGGUGGACUGUAUACAGUAAUUGUACAUUGCUCAAAACACAACUUUAUUCCUUAUGAGGAGAGAAAAUGCCAAAGACUUGCCAAAGGUCGUUACAAGGCUACACACCAAAGAAGUUCCCAUGCCGGCUUUGAAAGACAGUGUCCAAUUUCUUAAAGAACCCUUGGUCUACAUUGGAUAAUGUGUGUGUGUGUGUGUGUGAAUGUGUGUGUGUGAAUGUAUUUAUACUGUAGUAGGCCUAUGCUAUUCUAAGAUAGUACAAGUCUGAAUUCAUAUAAACGGGAUACCAUUCUAUUUGUGAUCAAUAUAAUUUCAUUGAGGGAUUAUGUGUAAUAUGAUCAUUUCCAGUUGGCAAGGCGGAAACGCCUGAGAUAAAUGAAUCCGGAAGAUGAGGACCAUUUUGUAUAUGUGUAAAUAAGAGCUGCUUUGCAACAAAAAAAAAAAAAAAAAA